GCCAUCUUUGUGCUCUAACUGCUUUACCUCGCUGGUUGCACUAGCCGCAACAGGAAGUAUGUCAAAAUCAAUAACGUCAUAGAAUUCAAGGCAAUACUUUCGGAGUGCACUACUCUCUAUAUCGGAACGCUAUUCGUAGUAUUCGGAGUGAAUAAAGGAACGCACCCUAAAUGCACACGUGCAAUCGCGAUCAAGUGACAUUGCGCCAUGCCUUCCGUAAACAGAAUCGUACAACCAAUUACCCAUAAGGGUAAGAAAGCUAUAUUGAAGAAAGAACCUAAAUUAAUAGAGGAUCUUAAGGAAGCUUUGUUCCUCAAAGGUACACGAACGUCACAAAUAGUUAUUGAUAUCAUGAAGGAUUUGUAUGAUCUGAAAAAACCUAAUGUACAAAUGAUGCAGAAGAAAAAUGAUAUAAUACCAUUUGAAGAUAUUACACCUAUUGAGAAAUUUACGUUUAAGUAUAACACAUCUCUUUUCAUGAUGGCUCUGCACAAUAAGAAACGUCCUCAUAAUCUUGUGAUGGGUCGAAUGUACGAACGUACAUUACUGGAUAUGAUAGAGUUUGGCAUAGAAAACUAUAAAGGAUUAAAGGAUUUCAAAGUUGAGAAGAUUACCUCAGGAUUAAAACCAUUAUUGAUUUUUAAUGGUGAACUCUUUGAGACUAACCAUGAAUAUGGCAGGAUUAAAAACUUGCUUGUUGAUAUGUUUCAAAGGGAAGAAGUCCAGAAAAUCAGAUUGCAAGGUCUCGAACAUGUUUUGAGUUUUACAGCUGUUGAGAAUAAAAUACUUUUACGCAGCUACAGAAUAUUUUUGAAAAAAUCUAAUACAAGAAUACCUAAGAUAGAACUUGAAGAAAUAGGACCAUGUGCAGAUUUACUAUGCAGACGCAAUAAGUUUGCUUCUGAAGAUUUGUUCAAGACAGCUUGUAAAAAACCUAAAGUCAUCAAGGUGAAGAUGAGGAAGAAUAUCUCUAGGGAUACAUUUGGAACUACAUAUGGCCGUAUACAUGUUGGAUCACAAAAUAUUAACUCUAUUCAAACAAGGAAGAUGAAAGGUUUAAAGAAAACAUUAUCAGAAAAGAAUAUCCAAAAGAGAAAACUCGCUACUGAUAAUAGUGAUGAUACGAAGCUUAAGUGACCACAGUGAAGCCAAUAAUUAACCCAUUGGUCAACAUCAUGAUAACAACAAGAUUGUGCCUCUUCAUUCUCAUGAUGUGGAAAUGCCAAAUCUAUUCCACCACUGUGCAUAUCAAUAGAACUUCCAAAGACUGUGCUGAUAAAAGUAUGUAUUACUGUAUAGAUCAAUACUGUCAUACAAAUAAAAAUAUAUUUAAUAAAUUUUGUAUAGUAGUUAUAAUAUAGUAGUUGUAUAGUUAUACAAAGUAUAUGUGUAUAUAUAUGGAUAUGUGUAUAACAUUAUAAACAAAUAUA